AUGAUUCAGUCCAUUGCUCUUUUGGCCCUUGCCAGCCCGGCCUUUGCCGGCGUCAUGCAGGUUCGCAGUGAGGGUUAUAUCGCCCCCGCCGCCCAGAACUCUGCUGCCGCUCAGAACUCUGCUGCCGCUGGUCACCACCAGGUUGAGGCCUGGGGUCACAGCUGGAGCCGUCCUGCUGAGGAGCACACCUGGACCCAUCCUGCUGAGGAGCACACCUGGACUCACUCUUCUGAGGGACACAAGUGGACCACUCCCUGCACCACCAGCACCAGCACCACUCCCACCCAUGAGAGCAAGACCAGCACUCCGUGCACCACUUCUACUACUCCUUCUACCACCCCGGUGACCAAGACUGAGUACAGCACCAGCCCGUGCACCACCUCCACCUCCGUGCCCGUCACCACCCAGAAGCCUCACACCCCUGUGAUCCCUGGCACCACCAAGACGAUCACCAUUGUGACCACCACCUGCCCUGUCACUUCGUCGGUUGUCACCUCUGGCACCUCGACCUUCACGAUCCCAAUCACUGAGACCAGCACCAUCACUCUUACCACCACCACUGUGUGCACCAAGUGUGAGGCCGUUGCCACCCCAGUCACCUUCGUCAACGCCACUAUCCCCGCCACUGUCCCUGGCACUGUCCCUGGCACUGUCCCUGCCAGCUCUGUCGUUGAGGUGUCCACCACCCCUGUUGUUGUGGCCGGUUCCACGGUCCCUGCCACCGCUGCCGAGACCCAUGCUACUUCCAGCGCCGUCGUUGUGCCCGCUGGCUCCGCCUCCGUUGUGCCCGCUGGCUCCGCCUCCGUUGUUCCCGCUGGCUCCGCCUCCGUUGUCCCCGCUGGCUCCGCCUCCGUUGUCCCUGCUGCGUCCGCCUCCGUUGUCCCUGCUGCGUCCGCCUCCGUAGUCCCUGCUGAGUCCGCCUCCGCUGUCCCUGCUGAGUCCGCCUCCGCUGUCCCUGCUGAGUCCGCCUCCGCUGUCCCUGCUGCGUCUGCCUCCGCUGUCCCUGCUGAGUCUGCCUCCGCUGCUCACGAGACCCCUGCUGAGUCUGCCUCCUCCACUCCUGAGACCCCCGCCGAGACCUCCGCCGUCUCCGUUCCCGCGUCGUCCGCCUCCGUCCCCUCGACUGAGUCGCCCAAGGCCAGCGGUGUCUUCACUGGUGCCGCUUCCAGCGUCAAGCCCGCUGCUGGUCUCCUGGCCGGUGUUGUCGGUCUCUUCGCUCUGCUGUAA